CCUGGCCCCGCCUCUCGCUGUGGCUGGGAUCUCGCGGGAAGAGCUGUGGGCACGGCUGUGGCUCGGUCUCCCGGUUGCGCGCGGAGCGGGAGGGUUCUCCUCACACAAGCGGUUCCUCGCGGAGGGGUUGGAGCUACCGCAGACGCAGGCCUGAGCCGUCCCUUCUUCGCCGCCUCCUUCUCUUCCUCAGGGCUUCCUGGCCCGCUCGUCCUCCGACGCUGCCCAGGUAUGGUCUGAAUAUGCGUUGCUUGGCAGCUCGGGUCAACUAUAAGACUUUGAUUAUCAUCUGUGCACUCUUCACUUUGGUCACAGUACUUUUAUGGAAUAAGUGUUCCAGCGACAAAGCGAUCCAGUUUCCACGGCACUUGAGUAGUGGCUUCAGAGUGGAUGCAUUAGAAAAAAGAGCAGCAGCAUCUGAGAGCAACAAUCAUGUCAACCACAUGGCCAAACAGUCUGAGGAAACAUUUCCUCAAGAACAGCAGAAAGCACCCCCUGUUGUUGGUGGCUUCAACAGCAAUGGAGGAAGCAAAGUGUUAGGGCUCAAAUAUGAAGAAAUUGACUGUCUCAUAAAUGAUGAACAUACAAUUAAAGGGAGACGAGAGGGGAAUGAAGUCUUUCUUCCAUUCUCCUGGGUAGAGAAAUACUUUGAUGUUUAUGGAAAGGUGGUUCAGUACGAUGGCUAUGAUAGGUUUGAAUUCUCUCAUAGCUAUUCCAAAGUCUAUACACAGAGAGCCCCUUAUCACCCUGAUGGUGUGUUUAUGUCCUUUGAAGGCUACAAUGUGGAAGUCCGAGACAGAGUCAAAUGCAUAAGUGGGGUUGAAGGUGUACCUUUGUCUACACAAUGGGGACCUCAAGGCUAUUUCUACCCAAUCCAGAUUGCACAGUAUGGAUUAAGUCAUUACAGUAAGAAUCUAACUGAGAAACCCCCUCACAUAGAAGUAUAUGAAACAGCAGAAGACAGGGACAAAAGUAACAAGCUCAGUGACUGGACUGUGCCAAAGGGCUGCUUUAUGGCUAGUGUGACUGAUAAGUCUAGGUUCACCAAUGUUAAACAAUUCAUUGCUCCAGAAACCAGUGAUGGUGUAUCCUUGCAACUGGGGAACACAAAAGAUUUUAUUAUUUCAUUUGACCUCAAGUUCUUGACAAAUGGAAGUGUAUCUGUGGUUCUGGAGACCACAGAAAAGAAUCAGCUCUUCACUGUACAUUAUGUCUCAAAUACCCAGCUAAUUGCUUUUAAAGAAAGAGACAUAUACUAUGGCAUCGGGCCCAGAACUUCUUGGAGCACGAUUACCAGGGACCUGGUCACUGACCUCAGAAAAGGAGUGGGUCUUUCCAACACAAAAGCUGUCAAGCCAACCAAAAUAAUGCCGAAGAAGGUGGUUAGGCUGAUUGCGAAAGGGAAAGGAUUCCUUGACAACAUUACCAUCUCUACCACAGCCCACAUGGCCGCAUUCUUCGCUGCCAGUGAUUGGCUGGUGAGGAACCAGGAUGAGAAAGGUGGCUGGCCAAUUAUGGUGACCCGUAAGUUAGGGGAAGGGUUCAAGUCUUUAGAGCCCGGGUGGUACUCUGCCAUGGCCCAGGGGCAAGCCAUUUCUACCUUAGUCAGAGCCUAUCUCCUAACUAAAGACCAUACAUUCCUCAACUCAGCUUUAAGGGCAACAGCCCCUUAUAAGUUUCUGUCAGAGCAGCAUGGAGUUAAGGCUGUGUUUAUGAAUAAACAUGACUGGUAUGAAGAAUAUCCAACCACACCUAGCUCUUUUGUUUUAAAUGGCUUUAUGUAUUCUUUAAUUGGGCUGUAUGACUUAAAAGAAACUGCAGGAGAAAAACUUGGGAAAGAAGCGAGGUACUUGUAUGAGCGUGGUAUGGAAUCCCUUAAAGCCAUGCUCCCCUUGUACGACACGGGCUCAGGAACUAUCUAUGACCUCCGACACUUCAUGCUUGGCAUUGCCCCCAACUUGGCUCGCUGGGACUACCACACCACCCACAUCAAUCAACUGCAGCUACUCACCACCAUUGAUGAGUCCCCAGUCUUCAAAGAAUUUGUCAAGCGGUGGAAAAGCUACCUUAAAGGCAGCAGGGCAAAGCACAACUAGAGCUCAGAACCAAAUCUUCUUUCAGCCUCUGCUAUACACAAAAACUACCGGCUCUAUGUCAGCAGAGCAUAGGCACAUUUUAAAAGGUUAUAUACUAGGUUUUUGUGGAUUGCAUUGAGGUGAUAAAUGAUCCUUAAAACCAGUCUUCUGAGAUAAUUGCAUUCCAUGGGUUGCAGUGUUUAGAAAUGUAGGUGGCAUUUAGAGCAGAAAAGUGUUUAGUCAGUGGGCUGAAUGAAGAUGUUUUACUUGGCCUUGCUUAUUACCCUAUACAGUUCACAGAUAGUCCAAUCCUCUCGGUUUGAGAAAGGCAACGGUAAGUAGCUCUUACCUGUCCAGCACUUGCCUGAAAACUUAGUAUGGGGCUCUUUUAAAAUGUGAUUAUUUAUGUUUAUGUUGAAAGCAGACUUUAAAAAAAUAAUGUGCUGUAAUACAGUAAAUAUGUACUUGUAGCCUGAAUAGUGGACUGUGUGCAACUUUAAAAAUGAUGUUUCUUUUCUAUACAUUAAUUUCUUGGGGGGUGAAUGAGCAUUUGUUGCAUUUGUUAUAUAUGGAGAAUAUUUUGGAUUUGUGAUUUUCUUGAGAUGUGUAAAUUAAAAACACAACCAGUGUUCAGGCUUCACAGUUAUAUAAUGUAAGCACAACUAAAAUGAAACUUGUUGACUGCACAAGAAAUUACAAAAACGUUAUCUGUUUUAUGAAACUUGAUCUACAAUCAGUAAAGGUUUGAUAAUCAGUCUGUCCCUCCUCCAA